AAACAGGUGGAGUCCGUGGUUUCCAUGGCAACCCCCCAUUCCCAUAUUAGGAAGUCAAUGAUAUCAUAUGGCUGGUAAUGCCUAGGCAAGAAGAGAGAGUGGAAGAGAGUACGGAUGGCAGCAGCAGAGAGAGGGAGAGAAACAGAGAGGAAUGAGUUGUGAGAGAAAGACUGAAACUGGGAUUGGGCUGUAGUGGUAUAGAGACAGAGAGAGAGAGAGGACACUCUACUCUGCUUGGCUCUACUUUGUAUAUACCCAGACCAACACUGCCUGGGAUUUACUGAUUCCUCGGGGGCUCGUGGGAGAACAGAGCGAAUGCCGUCAGAAAAUGGAGAGGGAGGAGGAGGAAGGAGAGGGAGGCAUGUGGAGCAGCAUGUGAACCGAUGAACCACCACCAGUCACCAGUAGCAGGCUCGAUAAGUAGCAACAACGCAACAGCCAAACUACUGGAGCUUCAAGGCCCGCACCCCCCGUGUGAUCCGGCCCAACCCCAACCAGCCGGCUCUAGCUGACCAGGCCAGCAGAGUAUCCUUUGCCUCGGCUGAGAGUCUGGAAACCAUGUCUGAGGCCGAAGUUCCCCUCGGGUUCAACCGCAUGAACCGCCUCCGCCAGAGCCUGCCCCUGGCGCGCUCAUCCAGCCAGGCCAAGCUCCGCGCGCCAGGCAUUCUCUUCCUCCAGCUGGGGGAGGAGAUGAGGAGGGUGCACCUGACCCACGAGCUGACCAGCCUGGAGACCCUGAGGGCCCUCAUCGUCCACAUGUUCCCCCAGAGGCUCACCAUGGCAAUGCUCAGGUGCCCCAGCACGGCCCUGCUCAUCAAGGAUGAGGCCCGUAACGUCUUCUAUGAGCUGGAGGACCCACGAGACGUCCAGGACCGCUGUGUCAUCAAGAUCUACUGCAAGGAGCCUGUCUACGGCAGCUACCCCAGUCACCACAACCCACACCUGGCCAACGGAGACCUCCGGAGGGAUAUGGUGUACACGCCCCAGCAGGAUUCCCCGCCCAACCGUCGCCUCAGCAACACCCCUGCCUCCUCCGCCUCUGCCCCCUCCGGCUCGCCGUCCCGCAUCCGUCUCCUCUACAGUGGGGGCCGCCCAUCCUCUUACGCUGGGCAACCUCACCCCCAGCAUCAACCCCAAACCCACUCCCUCCCCCACCCCCACCACUCCUCGCCAGGUGGCCAGAGUGCGGCCCACCACCAGCAUCACCCCCAGCAGCUCCACCACCAGCCCCAGCUACAGCACCACGCCCAGGCAGGUUUCUCCCCCAGUGCCAUCCUGGAGCGUAGGGAUGUUAAGCCCGAUGAGGAGGUCCACGGCACUGGCUCCAGGAGCAUAGUGCUCCUGCGGGGCGAUGCAGGGGGGAUCUAUGCCGACCCCUAUUCCCUGGGCCAGGAAGGAGGCCGCCUCAGCCUGGCGGGCCCCCACUCAUCUCUACCCCCAAGAGGGGACGCCUACGGCUCUCUCUACCGGCGCGGAGGAGGCGGAGGGGCCGGAGGAGGGCUGGGACCCGGCUCCGUGCGCUCCCUCACUUCCUACUCGGCGGCGGCUCUGCAAGGAGAGCUGAUGGACAGUGGUGUCCUCUACAGGCCCGGAGGCCCACUGUAUAAUGAUGCAGCAUACGCCGCGUCCAUGUUGGCCAUGGGCUUCCGGGUGCCACCCCCCUCGUCUCCGCAGAAAAUCCCCGACAUGAAGGACUCGUAUUCAGGCACCAUGCCCGGCCGGGGCUCCCCUGCGAGGCAGACCCUGCGGAGGGACUCGGUAUCCUCCUCCGUGUUCGGGGAGAGUCCCAAAGCUAGGGGUCAGGGGUCAGGGUUGGGGUCUGAUCAACUGUGCUUAAUGGCUGGACCUGGAGGGGAGAGCGGUGGUUUCAGUUCAGCACCAGGUUUCAGUUCACCUCUACCAGGCAAUGAGACAGAGACCAGGGGGCGCAUGGAGGCCAUGGAGAAACAGAUAGCCAGUCUGACUGGUCUACUGCAGACUGUUCUGACCAGGGGACCAGAGGCCGAGAGCCCAGACAAGAUUGAGAUGGCCAAUGACUGCUCUGAGACAGACACUGGACGGUUAAAAAACAAGAAAGCCCUGACACCGUCGGCUCCAUUGGCCCUGAUGCCGCCACCACUCAUAGGGUCCUCCCAGCCACUGACGGUGUCGCGGCUGCAGAUGCAGAUCCACCUGCAUGGCCUGCAGCAGAACACCAGCGAGCUGCGCAAACAACUGUCCCAGCUGCGCAACAUCCAGUUGGAGAACCAGGACUCAGUACAGUCCCUGCUGAGGCAGACCGAGUCGGAGCUGAGCCUUAUGAUGCUGGACGCCAUGCGGACCCAGGAGGACCCUUUGCAGAGGCAGCGCCUCCUAGUAGAGGAGGAGAGACUCAAGUACCUCAACCAGGAAGAGCUACUCAUCCAGCAACUGCAUGAUCUGGAGAAGUCAGUAGAGGAACUGCAGAGGAACUCGUCAGUCAACCACGGCCUGGUGACUGAGCAGGAAGUGGAGCAGAAGAGUAUGGAGCUAAGGUCUUUGGGAGAGACCCUCACAGAGCUCAAGCAUCAGUUCCCCAGUCUGCAGAGUAAGAUGCGAGUGGUGUUGAGGGUGGAAGUGGAGGCUGUGAAGUUCCUGAAGGAGGAGCCACACAGACUGGACGCACUGCUGAAACGCUGUAACACCAUGACCGACACACUGACCACCCUGCGCAGUGUAUUGUAUGCCACCUGUAUGUACAGAAAAGUGACCGAGGGCCUGUGGAAAGGCCAGAAUGACAUCUCCAGCCAGUCAGCCAAGCGAACGGAGCACACAGGAAAGAGUUUGGACCUCGACAUACUGACCAGUCCACCGCUCAGCCUCAAUGACCUGGGUGGCAGUGCCAGCCUUGCCAACUGGAUGCCCGUAUCAGGCAGUGACCCAGAUGCUUCGGGAACUGAGCAGGACCCCCACCCUACGGCCAGCUACAGAAGCCGGGUCCUGGACGAACUGCCGAGCCGCCGCGGUGCUGGCAAAUCAGUGUCUGCGGAGGUCAGACUGGCUGCGGAGCGGGACUGGGAGGAGAAGCGAGCUAGUCUGACCCAGUUUAGUGCCCAGGACAUCAACCGUCUGCUGGAGGAGACCCAGGCUGAGCUAAUGAAGGCCAUCCCAGACCUAGACUUUGCUGCCAGGCAGAUCAACAAGCCUGCUGUGCCCCCCAAACCCCACCCCAAACCGCAGUUUACCACCCCCAUCACUACCUCCAACACCACCUCCACCACCACCUCCACCACCACUAGCACAAACACCACUACCAGUACUGAGCACCAGCCCAACAUGGUGCAGAUCACUGCCCAGAAGCUGGAGGGUGGCUCACGUUGCGGAUCUGAGCUGACUGUUACCAGGUAUCGCACUGAGAAACCCUCUAAGUCUCCGCCUCCACCCCCUCCUCGCCGCAGCUUCCCAUCAGCCCAUGGGCUCACCACCAACAGCACUGGAGAAGUGAUCGUCACCACCAAGAAGAAGCUGGAGCCAGAAGACGGAGAGGCUCCGAAGACUCUGGUCAAGCUGAGAAGGACACCGUCUGACACCCCCCGCCCCACCUCCACUCCCCCCGUCAUCGCCGCCUCAGCGAUUAAAGAUGAGGACGACGAAGAGAGGAUCAUUGCUGAACUAGAGAAUGCAAGCAACUCACCAGGGGGAUCCAAGGGACCCCGGUCAACUGUAGCGGCGAGACUGAAGAACCUCCAGCAAGGCAGCCUGGAGAGGCCCAAGACCAGGAAGCAGAGAGAGGACUUCCCCAAGAUCCAGGGCCAGCAGCAGGUAUUCCACUUCUAGAAUGCCCCUCAGGGGAGUAGCCCUCUUCAGAACAGCUCUGGUGGCCUUUGACCUUGACAACUUCCCCGUCUCACAGCUGUCUGGGCAACUAGUGGGUUCUUUCGGGACUAUACUGGGAUACAAUAUGUUAUCAGUGUGAAUGUAAGGUGACGCGAAAAGGAUUGGGCUCAUCGGAAAUCACCAAUGUUGGUUGUUAUAUUAUUUGACUUUGAGCUGUGGUUGGAUCCAAAAUGGAUUGUGUACUGAGCGGGCUCUAUUAUCCCAUUGGCUGGCAUUGAUGUUUCUGAUGAGGGUAAGAUCAUGGAGGUAUUGUACACUUAACAAGCUAAGUGGCACCUAAACUGCACUUCUCAAUUAUGCCAUGGAAUAGUUGAACAUCUCAAUGCCGAACCCCUGACUUUUCACCGAGCAGAUGAUGAUCCUACAGUACCACGGCUGUCUGACUCGGCUUCCUUUAUUUGAACCACUGAAUCAUUCUGUCUCCAGCUGAGUCAUUGAAACCACAGUCCAAAAGUGAGAGGGUCAGGCGAUGGAAAAGUCAUACUCAUUCCAGGGAUUUUCUUUAUUUGUACUAUUUUCUACAUGACAUAACACAUGGAAUCAUGUGGUAACCGAAAAAGUAUUAAACAAAUAAAUAUUUUAUAUGAUUCUUCUUGAGAUUCUUCUAAGUGGCCACCCUUUGCAUUGAUGACAGCUUUGCACACACUUGGCAUUCCUCCAACCAGCUUCAUGAGGUAGUCACCUGGAAUGCAUUUCAAUUAACAGGUGUGCCUUGUUCAAAGUUCAUUUGUGGAAUUUCUUUCCUUCUUAAUGUGUUUGAGCCAGUCAGUUGUGUUGUGACAAGGUAGGGGUGGUAUAUAGAAGACAGCCCUAUUUGGUUAAAGACCAAGUCCAUAUUAUGGCAAGAACAGCUCAAAUAAGCAAAGAGAAAAGACAGUCCGUCAUUACUUUAAGACAUGAAGGUCAGUCAAUGCGGAACAUCUCAAGAACUUUGAAAGUUUCUUCAAGUGCAAAAACCAUCAAGAGCUAUGAUGAGGCUAGCUCUCACAUGGACCGCCACAGGAAAGGAAGACCCAGAGUUACCUUUGCUGCAGAGGAUACAGUUCAUUAGAGUUAUCAGCCUCAGAAAUUGCAGCCCAAAUAAAUGCUUCACAGAGUUCAAGUAACAGACACAUCUCAACAUCAAUUGUGCAGAGGAGACUGCGUGAAUCAGGUCUUCAUGGUUGAAUUGCUGCAAAGAAACCACUACUAAAGGACACCAAUACACCAAUAAUAAGAAGAGACUUGCUUGGGCCAAGAAACACGAGCAAUGGACAUUUGAUCGGUGGAAAUAUGCCCUUUGGUCUGAUUCCAAAUUUGAGAUUUUUGGUUCCAACUGUCUUUGUGAGACACAGAGUAGGUGAACGGAUGAUCUCCACAUGUGUGGUUCCCACCGUGAAGCAUGAAGGAGGAGGUGUGAUGGUGACACUAUCUGUGAUUUAUUUAGGAUUCAAGGCACACUUAACCAGCAUGGCUACCACAGCAUUCUGCAGCGAUACGUCAUCCCAUUUGGUUUGUGCUUAGUGGGACUAUCAUUGGUUUUUCAACAGGACAAUGACCCAACACACCUCCAGGCUUUGUAAGAGCUAUUUGACCAAGAAGGAGAGUGAUGGAGUGUUGCAUCAGAUGACCUGGCCUCCACAAUCACCCAACCUCAACCCAGGUUGAGAUGGUUUGGGAUGAGUUGGACUGCAGAGUGAAGGUAAAGCAGCCAACAAGUGCUCAGCAUAUGUGGGAACUCAUUCAAGACUGUUGGAAAAGCAUUCCACCAGGUGAAGCUGGUUGAGAGAAUGCCAAGAGUGUGUGAAGCAGUCACCAAGGCAAAGGGUGGCUACUUUGAAGAAUGUGUUGACCACUUUUUGGGUUACUACAUGAUUACAUAUGUGUUAUUUCAUAGUUUUGAUGCCUUCACUUUUAUUCUACAGUGUAGAAAAUAGUCAAAAAUAAAGAAAAACCCUUGAAUGAGUAGGUGUGUCCAAACGUUUGACUCUGACUGAAGCCCUCCUCCCUCCUCUCUGAAGCAGCAGUCUUACGUGGUUCAGCAGGCACUCCAACCCAGUAGGCUGAUCUGAAUGGCCCUAUCCCACCUCAGCCCAAACUGUCCCUCUCAAAGGACCUUCUGGCAGCUCUCAAAGUCAGGUAGAGAUAACACAGAAAGCCACUCCGUUCCAGCUAGCACCUGUCCUGAGCCAGUCAACCCAAUCCUCUCAUUACCCUAACGGGGAUAAUCCACACUCCAUUAGCUAACUGAGAUAGAGGCCACCUCAUUUGAACUCUAAGAAACAGGCCCCAUGUGGUGCUCUUUAGGCUUAGGGGGUCUAUUCACAGGCUAUUCGAGUUGAAAAGACUAUCCAUUGGACUGAAAAAGAGCCCCAAAAUGUUGCCAUGGUUCAACUCGCUUCGGAUGGCUGGAUUGAUGCACUUCUACAUUCAUCUUGAUCAGAUCUGAAAGGUUUUUACCUUGUGUGGGGCAAAUUAAUCUCAUCCACCACCAAAGCUGUAACCACAUCUAUUUUGGUGAAGCACAAGGUUUGCACCAGAACAAAAACCAUACUUCACUCUUUGGGGUGAAAGUGAAAGGAGUCAGAAACCACUUGGAAUCCGUGUUAAAAAAAACAUAAAAGUAUCAUAAAAGUGCAGAAGAUGACCUCCCAGAGAGGUCAGUCAGUGUGCUUCACAACAAUGCCCAUUAGUGAAUACAGUAGUUAGCACAUGGCUAACAUGUUAACCUUUAUUUGACAGUGGAGGAAUACACACCAAGCAUUAGUAUUCAUGUCUAUUUCCAACCUGGUCUCAGAGCAUUUCGUAUUACUCUGUACAUAAAUCCGAGAACUCCAUUUAUUAUGAUAUGUUGCGAUUUCGUACAGGAAAUCAAAUCAAAUCAAAUUGGUUGGCUACACAUUUUUAGCAGAUGUUAUUGUGGGUGUAGUGAAAUGCUUAUUUUCCUAGCUCCAACAGUGCAGUAAUAUCUAACUAUACAUGCAAAUCUAAAAAGUAAAAAGUUGGCAUGUAUUUAUUUGUGGAUGUCCUUCAACCAUUUCGUAUGAUAUUUAACAAAAUUGCUAAAUGUACAAUAUGUUACGAACUUGCAAAAUGUAGGUUAUGUUACAAAUUCCAAUUUGUUGCUGCUAAUUUUAGCUAGGUGGCUAGCAUUAACGUUAGUUAGCUGGCUAACGUUAGCUAGGGUUAAGAGUUAAAGUUGGGGUUAAGGUUAGGUUAAAGGGUUAGGGUUAGGGUUAGCUAACAUGGUCAGUUGUUGUAAAGCUGCUAAUUAGUUCAAAUGCUAAAGUUGUCCGUGAUGAGAUUCAAACACACAGCCUUUGGGUUGCUAGACAUUUGCGUUAAACGCUCACCCUUCCACCCCGACCAACCACCCUCCUUUCGUUUUUGCCUUAAAUGUCACCUUCUGUCUUAUGUAACCAUCCUAAAUGUAACAUAUCAUACUAAUUUAAUGGUCCCGAAUUUAUAUUUACUAUGUUAAAUCUAGCCUAUGAGACCAGGCUGCUAUUUAUGCUGUUUGCUGGAAACCACUCAAUUGUGUGAGAUUGCGUAUGCCUCCAAGUGUACCUUCCUUCACUAUCUCCAUUUUGUCAUGAUGUCAAAUAUGCCCUCGGAGUCUGCGGAUGCUGUUUAUUAGGGUCAUUACACUGUGCAGAUUUUUUUUGUGUGUGCAGAUUACGCUCAUGGCAAGAGUGAGUCCUCUUAUGAUGCAGAUGAUGUAUUUUAUUAAAUGUCUGACCUGAUGUUUGUAGCAUACAGUAAAUACAGUAAUAUAUAUCUAGGCAAUUGGGUCAGUAAAAUGUGGUAAACUGUCUGUGAUCAACCAAACAAAGGACCUGUUCAAUUUAAACUAUAUGUUUAACAUAUGCAAAUAAUAUGAAUUAAUAUACUGUAUGUUGGAGUCAGUUGAAUAUAUUGGACAUACAUGCAUCUGUGUGACCUGUAUGUACAGUGUGGGUCAAAUAAAACCCCAUGGGUAGGC